AUGGCCAGAAAACUAAUUCCCUUCUCCCUGCCCGAAUUCCCCUUCUUGCAUCAGCUGCGGCGGUGCGUCCUCAGCUCCCGGGUCUGUCGUAACGCACGAAGGGCAGAGCCCGGAUCGCGGCGGCAUGCAUCGUCCCGGGCCGCCGUCGUCGGUACAAAUUCCUGCCAUUCCUGCCGGGCUGAGUCACGCGUGUCUCCUCCGGGCUCCCGCGCCGUCCUGGAGCUCCCAGCUUCUGGGAUCCUUCACCUCCAUCUCCGCUUCCGAAGGUGGCGGGUGACUCAUUCCCGUGGGAGUCCGGCUGACCCCCGUCUCUCUGGCCUCUCCGCAGGUGUGCUGCUCGCCGCGUGCCACGCGCUGGAGAACACGACGGCGGCCUGGAGCGCUCCGGGCCCGCCGGUGGCAGCAGCGGUGAGGUCCCACUUCAACGACUGUCCCGACUCUCACAGCCAGUUCUGCUUCCACGGCACCUGCCGGUUCCUGGUCCAGGAGGACAAGCCGGCAUGUGUGUGCCAUUCGGGGUACGUGGGGACGCGGUGCGAGCACGCCGACCUGCUGGCCGUGGUGGCCGCUAACCAGAAGAAGCAGACGAUCACCGCCUUGGUGGUGGUUUCGGUGGUGGCCUCGGUGCUGCUCAUCGGCGUGUGCGUGCUUAUACACUGCUGUCGGCUGCGGAAGCGGUGCCAGUGGUGCCGGGCACCCGGCGGUGGCCCGGAGAAGCCGGGUGGGCUCCUGAAAGGCGGCACGUCCUGCUGCCACGCCGAGACGGACGGACGGACAACCGAGGGGGUUGUACGGGGGAACCCGCUGACCCCACCGUGUCCGUCCGUGUGUGUCCCCCCCGUCUUCCUCACCCCACCCGCGCAGGAUCGCUUGAGCCGCUGCACGCUGCACUGCAACGACAAGGCGAAGGACGCGCUGGAGGCGGGGGGCGCGGAGGCGCGGGUGCGAGGCCAGCUCGACGCCUGCCUGGUCGCCUGCGGGGACGACCACCUGCGCCUCGUCCCCGCCAUGGCCAAGAAGAUGAAGGACAGUCUGGCCGCCCUCCAGCAGUAG